AUGGGAGAGACUGAGGAUGGUAUGAGGCCAAAGAAAGUGGUUUUUGUGACUGUAGGAACAACGUGUUUCGAUGUGCUUGUUAAAGUAGUGGAUUCUCUGGAAGUUAAGGAUGAGUUGUUAGGAAGAGGAUAUCCUUCCCUUCUCAUUCAAAUGGGUCGAGGGUCAUAUCUUCCUACAAAGUCUACUGGUGAUGAUGGAUCUUUGGCUGUAGACUACUUCACAUUUUCAUCAAGCAUUGCUGACCAUAUGAGUUCUGCAUCUCUUGUGAUCAGUCAUGCAGGCUCUGGGAGCAUAUUUGAGACCUUGCGGCUUGGCAAACCUCUAAUCGUGGUGGUCAAUGAAGAUUUGAUGGAUAAUCAUCAGAGUGAGCUAGUAGAAGAACUCGCAGAGAGAAAGCAUUUAUAUUGUGCUCAUCCUCAGACACUUCACCAAACUAUAGUUGGUAUGGAUUUGAAAUCUCUUCUUCCAUACUCUCCAGGGGAUGCCACACCAGUGGCCAAACUCUUAAUCAGGUUUCUUGGUUUUCCAGAAGAUUGAUGAGGCUGAAUAUAGUAUAAGGAAGUGAGCAGUUUAUGUUCCUUAUGGUCCAACUGCAGUUAUGAGCAUUUUGAUGUUCCCUUGAAUAUACCCAAUGGGCCUUACCUGAAGAUUUAUUUUGCAAUAUUUCUUUUCCCUGGCAGAAAGUUCCUUUUAAGUUUGCAUAGAUAUCAUAUAUUCUUACAAACUUUCACCCAUAGAUUAUAAAGGAGUUGCAGGUGUCCAAGUUAAGUCAUUGGAAAUUUGGAACCUUAUAACAACUUUGGCAUUGGAAACUAGAAAGUCGAGCAAGAAGGUUAGCUGGUGCAUGGCAACGGUAAGUCGUAACGUUUCACAAGCAAAAUAUAAGCAAAACAUUUCAGAACACAUGUAAUGCAUGUAGAAUUGAGAUUGAAAUCAUGAAUUUAUGAUUUGAGUUUUAAACCUGCAGAAGCUAUUGAACUCUUGUGAGUCGUGAUUAUGCCUGAUUGUUUAGUAAUGUUUCAUCUGAUGUCAAUAGAUUAUAGUUUGGACUCUUCGAUCAAUGAAUUCUGGUUUCCCUGUUUUGUACGCAAGAUACUUCUGAUCUGGUUUGGUGCUUUUGUGUGCUCUGGAGCAGCACAUGUGAAGUCUGUGACAAGUCCACAAAGAAAGCCAUAGCCUCUCCUUAAGGGCCAACAAGUUAUUUUCCAACAUGUGAAGUGAAAUGCAGGCCAUAGGAUCCCAAAAAAAGAAAAAGGUGAAAUCUCCAAUACAGAAGUAACUGCUUCCAAAUGCCCCCUUAUUGCUUCAGUUCACCAACUUGCAAGCUGUAUUUCAAUGAGAUCUGAAAUUUUCUCCCAAGUUGUCAAAGCAUGAGAAUGACCUGUAAGUUUGGAAUAGAUUCCAUACACAUUUGCAAGUUUAUUACAAUAUGGUAAGUUAAUGAAUUUUCAGUUAGAACCCAAUUUUCUCCAAUUAUGGAAGCAACCAGAUCAAUAUUUUUGUUACAACAGUCCUCUAUUCUAGCCUUGCAAAAUAAGAAAUUGCCAGUAACAAUUUUCUCAUCAAUUAUUUUCAUUUCUUCUAAUACAGGUCUGUUGAUUGUUAUCCUAUUCUUAACCCAUCAAGAGUGCAAUUCUAUUGGAAUUUUCACUCGAAAUCUCUAUCAAAUCUUUCUCUGGAAUUAAAAUUUAACUAUUGCUCUGUCAGGCUAAAGCUUCCAGAAAAUAGUAAAACAACAAAUCACCCUUAUAAGUACGGCUUUUUAAAACAAUAUGACAAUAC